ACAAAUCACAGAUUUUUGAUUUUAUUGCAUUGCUUAAGCUAAAGGAGUUUUGGUGCAAUUCUUAAAAAAAAAAAUGUUUUCCCGAAACAUGAGAACUUCUUCAGACAUUUAAAAAAACUAAUGCCACACAGAUCAAUUAAUGCUAUGAAAUGAGUUAACACUAACACCAAAAUUAUGUCAUUUAAAUUUUUACGUUUUUGGUUUGUUUGGCUUUCUUUGUGGAUGUAAGAGCAGUGAAUAUAUCUGCUUUCAUGUGAAUUAGUUUUCACGCUUUCUUUGAUAUUUUCAGUAUUUAAAGCAUGAGGGUCAGCACAUAUUAUCACAUAUUAUCAUGUAAUAUACUGUUCUGAUUACAUUCAGUUUGAAAGUAAUCAUUUUUCAGAUGUUUGUUCAAAGUGAUUUACAAUGUGACAGCAACCUGAGGCUAUAGACAUACACACACAAUUAAAUAUUAUACUGCAUUUUUCAUGCGGUGAACAACAAGUGUAAUAUUCUAGAUACAUUUGCAUAUAAGCUCCUGUUACAUCAGUCCGCCCCCUCCACACACACACACACACACACUUGUUACUGUCAUGUACAGUCAUAAUACAAGGAGAUCUAUUGCAUUAUCUGCCCUUUUUGUCACCUGUUUCCGGUUUCCCCUCAGGCAUCAAAUGACACUGUUUACAGCAUCAACUCGUGAAUCACACAGACCGAGACUAACCAAGAACUAAUAAAGUCUUUUCAUCGUUUGGUGAUUUUUAUAAAUGAAAAAACGAUUGUGAUUUUUAAAAACGAAGCCAGCAAAGUAACCAGGAAAAGGUUCUGAUUCGUCUGCCAUUCCACCGAAUCCCAAACAAGAGAUCGAAAAAGGAAGCAGAUCACAAAUUCUUUGGAAUCUUUGAUGUCCAUCUUUCCAAGGAAAGACAAAAACAGCGCAGCCGUGCGCAGACACAGACACAGACACAUUCAGCCAUUCUUCGGAAACCUUAAACACUGGCAUAACUCGUUUUUUUACAAGGUGACAUCACAGCUCAGCUGUAUUUGAAUCUCUCCUCCACACUCCAGUGAACAGAAAAGCAAGUUCUCACCAGAUAAAGCGCUACGAAAUGGCAACCCGGCCGUCUCAGUUUGAGGAGAACCUUCUGUGCCCUGUUUGCCGUGACGUCUUCAGAGAUCCCGUCCUCCUGCUGUGUUCUCAUAGCUUUUGCUGGGCCUGUCUGGAUCAGUACUGGGAGCUCAGCGGCUCUCAGAUAUGCCCCGUGUGCCGGACAGACUUCUGCAUGGACCGUCCCCCGUGCAACCGAGCUUUGAAGAACCUGUGUGAGAUCUUCCUGCAGGAGAGACGCAGGACUGCGUCGGCGGAGACCGAGCUCCUCUGCAGUGCUCAUGGAGAGAAGCUUCAGCUCUUCUGCGUGGAGGACCAGCGUCUCGCGUGCGGCGCGUGUGUGAAGGAUCACAAGCAUGUUAAACACACAUUCAGACCUGUGGAUGAAGCUGCGGUGGCUCUCAAGGAGGUGCUCAAAACAGGAAUAAAGCCUUUGCAAGAGAAGCACAAACUAUUAAAGUUAGAGAAGUUCAUCUGUAAUCAACAAGUGAAACACAUUAAGAAUCAAGCUGAGAAAACAGAGGCUCAGAUGAAGAGGGAGUUUGAGCAGCUCCGUCGGUUUUUGCGUGAUGAAGAGGCGGCCAGGAUGACUGCUCUGAAGGAGGAAGAGGAGCAGAAGAGGAAGCUGUUAGAGGAGCAGAUGAUGAGGAUUAACAGUGAACUCUCAUCUCUGGUAGAAAAGAUUAGGAUCACUGAGGAAGAGAUCGAGACAGACAACAUCUCAUUCCUGCUGAAGUACAAAGGCCCACCCGAAAGCACUCAGCGCUCCAGUCCCUGUCCAGAGAAGCUCCCAGAAGUGCUGAUCAAUGUGGCAAAGCACCUGGGAAACCUGAAGUUCAGCGUGUGGCAGAAAAUGAAGGCUGCUGCUCAAUACAUUCCUGUCGUCCUCGACCCCAACACCGCUCACCCAUGCCUGCAUCUCUCAGACAAUCUGAGCGAUGUGAGUUUUGGUCAGUGGAGUCCACAGGCCCUGGGUUCCUCAGACAGACGCGAGGGCUAUACGAGCGUCCUGGGCUCUGAGGGCUUCAGCUCCGGGACUCACUACUGGGACGUGGAGGUCGGUGACAACACCACCUGGGCCUUAGGAGUGAUUUCAGAGUCUGCCAUCCGGACUGGAGACGGUCUGCCCAGUUCCGGUCUGUGGCGCCUCGGCUUUCUCAAUGGCACAUACGGGCAAGGUCUUUCAGGGGAGUUUCUCACGCCGCUCACUCUGAAGCAGAAGAUCCAGCGCGUCAGGGUCCAGCUGGACUGGGACGGAGGACGAGUGUCCUUCUUCAGUCCUCUCACCGACACGCACCUCCACACAUUCACACACACCUUCAGCGAGAGAGUGUUUCCGUACUUCUGUAACGUGUGUCCGUCUCAAGCUCUGAGGAUCUUACCGGCGGAGAUGGCUCCAGGAAGGACUGGAGGUGCAGAGACUUUCUGCCUUAACAGGAAAAAUAGAGAAAACGAAUAAGAGAAAAUUAACGAAAAAUUUGAAUGAAAGACUUUGUUGCAUUGCAUUACUGUGAAAAGACAUCACUGUGAACACUGCUGUGACGGGCAGCACUUGAGUGGGUUAUAUAUUCAAAAGACAUUACUGUGAAAUCUGCUGGGAUGAGUAAACACAGUACACACACAAACACACACGCACAAAAAAAGUAAAAUUUAUAGCCUUGUUUAAA